AUGGCAGAAAAGCUCGAAGAUCUGAAUCUCCCUAUGACUGUAGUUACAAGAAUAGUUAAAGAAGCUUUACCGGAAGGUGUAUCAAUAUCAAAAGAGGCAAGAACAGGGCUUGCAAAAGCCGCUUCUGUUUUCGUGUUAUAUGUGACUUCUGCUGCUACAAACAUUGUUAAGAACAAGAAAAGAAAAGCUUUGACUGGCCAAGACGUACUGGAUGCGAUGCGGGAUAUAGAAUUCGACAGAUUCGUGGACCCAUUAGCCGAAUCCCUUGAACAGUAUAAACUGAUGGUAUCUGCGAAGAAAGCAAGCUCUGGGAAGAAGAAGGACGAAGGGGACGACGUAGAGAUGAUAGAAGACGACUAA